AAUCAUCCCAGAUCUUCACUCUCUCAAGCAUCAAACUCAACUUACCUCGACAACCUCAACGGCCGGCAACCACUUUCAUUGUAAGCUAAGAGGGCUCGAUCGAUGGCAAUGGUGAAGGCUAUCCUCCUCGCAGUUGUGGCCGUGGCGGCGCUUGCGCAGCUCGCCACCGCGGUGGAUCACCCGGUAGGCGGCAGCGGUGUGAAGUGGACCACCAGCGGCGGCUACGACGCCUGGUCCGGCGCUCAGAAGUUCACCACGAAAGACAGCCUCGUGUUCGACUACUCGUCAUCGCACGACGUCGUGGAGGUGAGCAAGGCCGGCUACGACGCCUGCUCGGCCAGCGGCGCCGUCGCCACCUAUACCGGUGGCAAGACCACCAUCAAGCUCACAACCGCCGGCAAGCGCUACUUCAUCUGCGGCAUUCCCGGCCACUGCACCGCCGGCAUGAAGCUCGCGGUCAACGUCGUCGCCGCCGCCGCAACACCCGCAACCCCCGCCAAGCCCAGGGGCCAGAGGAGCGUCGCCCCUGUCGCCGCCCCGGCGCCUGCACCGGCUCCUGUGGGAUCUACCACCGACGAGCAGCUGCCUAACGUGUCGUCGCCAACCGGCAGUACACCGUCCAGCGCCGCCACCAUCGGUGCCAAGGCCGCCGUUGCGAUCGCCAUGGGCAUGGCCGUGGUGUUCGCCAUGUGAGAGUUACCUGGGCAGCGAUCCGUCGGUACCAAGGCUUAAGUUUUUGGGGCGCUUAAGUCUGAAUCAUGUCGAUACAUUUGAGAAUUUUGUUCUUUGCUAUUCUAGUGUCCUCUCAGGCUGGCAGUGGCACUGGCAUGCAUAUUGCCUUCCCUGCAUGUUCCUUCCUAUUACCUGUGUAAUCUACGAUUUAUUUGUUGUAUCUCUCUAUCCAAAAAUAAAUACAAUUCACAUUCUUUAAA